AAGGUAUGGACGCAAUGGCCAAACUCAUCAGCGAGCUGUCAGAAGACGGGCUGUUGCCGUCAGUGCUGGCAGUCGAGUGCCGGUUUUUCUCAUGCCAGCACCGGUGCUGCCCUGGUCACCGGCGUGCUGACAGCGCUGCCAGCACUGCUGAUGCAGCUCAGUACCCUCCUACAGGCCGGAAGCUGCGGUAUCCUGGUUGUAGACGUGGUGGUAGUAUUUGCAACCAUGUACCGGCGCCAUCGCUGCUGCUAUGCUCCGCUCUUCUCAACCACACCAACACCAAGAACUCCUACCGCCCCACACACCUACUCCGUGCCGCACUCCUACAACAUCGCCUCCUUCAGGGAAGGUCUGCAGAACAUCGCGGUGUCGAUAACCCAGAGUGGCGGCACCGCUGAAGACAGCGACGGGACGCCUCUUCUGGAAAUCGGAGGUGGGCCUUUUGACAGCCCCCGCCACGACCCCAGCAGCGCAGGCCACAGCCUCGAGUCGACGUCGUGUUCAGGCUACGGCUCAGACUCUGACAACAGCGACGUGGACGCCGCGGUUGCCUGGUACAGGGAGAGGCUGCGGGUCACCACGCGCGGCACGGCUAUAAAGCCGCCGCCCACACCUCACUCUGCCAGACGCGCGCUGGCGCUGUGCGUGGCGGUUGUGCUGUGCUUUGCUCUUGUCGUCGGCCUGCUGUUGUACGCCCCCAUGUCAACGACGGUCAUCACUUGUGUGGCGCUAACAACGCUCAUGUCUUUCUUGUUGCUGUUCAUCUUGUCGCGGUUGCCGGUGCUCGUGUCGCCCACAGGCGUGGCUUUCUGUCUGCCAGGCGCCCCAUGGGUGCCAGCAUCUGUGCUCCUGUUGGCGUUAUUGUUGUUGCUGCAGCUUGUGCCGCAAGUUGCACCUUAUUUAGCUUCUUACUUCGGUGCAGCGUUAGCGUGGUACGCCGUGUUUGGUUGGUGGUCGAGUGUCCUGAACAAGACAGCCGCGUCGCCAGGGCCUAGCAGUAACCUGCCUGCUACCGUGCCCUCGGUCAGCAGCAUUACUGCUACUGCUACUGGCGUCAGCGAAACAUCAGUUCCUGUGUCAGCUCCUGAUGUGCUGCUUGCUACAACACCAGAACUAUCAGCACUUGAAGCGGCCACACCUGAAAGCUGUCCGCAGAACUCCUCAGUCCCCCCAGCGACUCUACCUCAACAGCUCGCUCACAGCUCCCCCAGCCACGGACCACUCAGCUCCUGCAAUAAUCUGGCCGCGUGUUGAGGGCACACGUCACAAGAUUUCCCAGAGUUUCCAACUAUUCUCGGUGUUGGUUGAUGCCUACGAAACUUUUCUAUGGACUGCAAGACUUAAUAAUAGCGGUUUCAGCGUUUAGUAGGCCGUAGGCCUGUCGCCGAUU